CCAUCACAUCGCCCCUCCCUCCCCCACCGCCCGGCGUGACUCUCCCAGCGGCCUGAGCUCUCCUCCCGAUCCCUUCGAGGGACCAGGAAGGGGAAUGUGGGGCUCCGCUUGAUAUCCCUCCGCCGGGGUCACCCCCUCCCCUCCGUGGCAGCAGGAACUAAUUCCGCUUCGGGUCACCGGGGACCUGAGGGUGGAAAUCUCACGGAUCAGUGUUCCCUCUGACUCUUAGGAGAAGGGACCAUCACCCUAAGGAAGAAACCCCCUGCUAGCUCAAAACCGGGUUCGAUUUAAACUAGGGCUUUGGCCCCAUGACCCCAAUCAAGCCCCGCCCCUUCCUGGUUGUCUUAGCGACGGCGGUGGCGUCCCAAGAUGGCGUCGUGGCUGCCGGAGACUCUGUUCGAAAUUGUAGGACAAGGCCCAGCGCCGAGCAAAGACUAUUACCAGUUAUUGGUCACCCGGUCCCAGGUAAUCUUUAGAUGGUGGAAGAUCUCUCUGAGGAGUGAGCAUCGAUCAGCAAAGCCUGGAGAAGCAAAAGACACUCACGAAGAGUUCCUAGAGAACUCCCACCUCCAAGUUCAAAUUGCCUUAAUAUUUGGUGCAAGAGUAUUAGACUAUGUCUUCAAUUUAUGUGAAGGUAAAUUUGACUUCCUUGAACGGCUCUCAGACAAUUUGCUCCUGAGUAUCAUUUCUUAUCUGGAUCUUGAAGAUAUUGCCAGGCUUUCUCAAACAUCACGCAGAUUUGCAAAGCUUUAUAUAUUUGUCUACGAGUCAUUCCCAAUGACCACGUUCGCCAUCAUGGAAUUUAAACUAACGGAAGGGAAGAUGUCAGAAGGUAGCUUGAGCCCCGUACCAGUUUAUUAUUUAACUGAUGGGAUUACGUGAAGUGAUUCUGUUUUGGGUGAGUUUCUCUGUAAGAAGGGACCCAUCAUUAUCUUGUGAAGGACUCAAAGCUCAUAGCCAUCCUUAAACUGCAAUUAGAUAGCAUAGGCCAAAUGUACUAAAAAUCUCAAGAGCUUUGUGCAAUAGCGAUGUUAGCAUAAGACUAAGUUCUAGGGGCGCCUGGGUGGCGCAGUCGGUUAAGCGUCCGACUUCAGCCAGGUCACGAUCUCGCGGUCCGUGAGUUCGAGCCCCGCGUCGGGCUCUGGGCUGAUGGCUCAGAGCCUGGAGCCUGCUUCCGAUUCUGUGUCUCCCUCUCUCUCUGCCCUCCCCCAUUCAUGCUCUGUCUCUCUCUGUCCCAAAAAUAAAUAAAAAACGUUGAAAAAAAAAAAAGACUAAGUUCUAGAUUGUGACUUGGGAUAACACACAACCCCCAAACCCCAGUGGCUUAACACAAUAAUAGCUGGGUUUUUUUUUUUUUUCAUCCACAAUUCUUACCCACUGUGGGUCUAUGGUCUUUAUGCUCUGCACAAAGUCCCUCAGGCACUCAGGCUUAGAGAGAACCCCACUGUCUCCUACUGCGCCAUCUGAAAUGUGAGGUCUCCUCAGACAAUAUGGAAGAGAAGAGGUUCGUGCACUAUGUUGUUAACGCUUUUUUGGAAAGAUUUUAUUUCUAAGUAAUCUCUACACCCCACCUGGGGCUCAAACUCACAAUCCUGAGAUCAAGAGUUGCACGCUCCACCGACUGAGCCAGGCAGGCGCCCCUCACGUGCGAUGUUCUGAAAUUUUGCAGCCCCCUGACUGCCAGGAACAGGGAAGUGUGGGAGAACAGGUGCAAUACUCGCAUAGCCCCCCUAGCUGUGCGGCGAACCAGCUAUCCAGGGUAGACGAGGGUGCACCUCCAGAUUCGUCUAUCCCAAGGCAGGAUCGUGAGAGCGUGGUGUCUUGAACACAGUUCCCUGCUUUAACGUCGUCAAUAUGAGACGCAAGAGGCCUUCGUACUUUCGCUUAUUAUCUUUUCUGUGUUUCUCGGGACCCUAUUCCGUGAGCAUGGGUCCGGCAUCAAGAACCGACUCAGAACCAAAGACUACAUCCUACUUAUAAGAUAUAUAAAAUACCCUUUGUCUAAGAAACUGAGUGUCUUAGUCUCUUUUACCCUCCAAGAUGUCUAUUUUACAGCCUCUUCUCUCUC